CUGGCUGUCUGGCUGGUUCGCUCCCUCUCUCUGCUCCCUCUGUCGAAAUAGAUGCCAACUGAGAAGGUAGGAAACGAGAAGGCAUCAACCAAGGCAGGACGCCCCUUUCCUUGGGCACCGGCUGUGAUUUUAUUGGCUCCUGAGCGGCUGUUUAAAGCCGGAGCGCUUGGAGGGUUGUUGCUCUUCUCAACCCGCCCACCCUCCAAGACAGCAGAGAGAAAGAGAGAGAUGUGUUCACACGAGUCUGGAGAGAUUGCCACACUUUAAUCGGCAAAGAAAAAGGCAGGCAGAAACAAAGAAAGGGACCUGAAAGAAGUGCGACCGGCUCGUUCUAUCUUUCCGCUCCAAUUGGGCACACUCCAGGGCCGGACAGCGAUGAACGAGACUAUCAUCCUCCAAUACUUCAUUGAGGAAUUGGAUGCUAACUGCAGCCUUUUGGAUAUGAUCCAGGAUGGCUUUGACGGUCCUUACUGCAAUGCCACCAUCGACCAGAUUAGGACUUGCUGGCCAAAGACAGGCGCCGGAGAAUUGGUGGAGAGACCUUGUCCGGAGUUCAUCAACGGAGUCAAAUACAACACCACGCGAAAUGCUUACCGGGAGUGCAUGGGAAAUGGGACCUGGGCCUCGAAGGCGAACUAUUCGCAAUGUGAACCCAUUCUGGUUGAAGAGACAAAGCCCGCUUUCCAUUACAAGGUUGCCAUAAUCAUCACUUACCUGGGGCACUGCAUAUCCAUCGGGGCCCUCACCAUCGCGUUCCUGCUCUUCUUGUGCUUAAGGAGCAUCCGAUGCCUUCGCAAUAUUAUCCACUGGAAUCUGAUCACGACAUUCAUCCUGAGGAACGUGACGUGGUUUACGCUCCAGCUGAUCGACCACAACAUCCACGAAAGCAAUGAGCUGUGGUGCCGCUGCCUUACAACGAUCUUCAACUACUUUGUGGUGACCAAUUUCUUUUGGAUGUUCGUGGAAGGCUGCUACUUGCACACGGCCAUCGUCAUGACCUACUCAACCGACAAGCUGAGGAAAUGGGUCUUCCUCUUCAUAGGAUGGUGUAUUCCUUGCCCAAUAAUUAUCGCAUGGGCUGUCUGCAAACUCUAUUAUGAUAAUGAACAAUGCUGGUUUGGAAAGGAGCCGGGGAAGUACAUCGACUACAUCUACCAAGGGCCGGUGAUUCUUGUUCUGCUGAUAAACUUUGUAUUUCUCUUCAACAUAGUUAGGAUUUUAAUGACGAAACUGAGAGCCUCAACCACAUCAGAAACAAUACAGUACAGGAAGGCAGUCAAAGCAACCUUAGUCCUCCUGCCUCUGCUGGGGAUCACCUACAUGCUCUUCUUCGUCAACCCUGGAGAAGACGACAUCUCCCAGAUCUUUUUCAUCUACUUCAAUUCCUUCCUGCAGUCUUUUCAGGGCUUUUUUGUGUCUGUGUUUUACUGCUUCUUGAACGGUGAGGUCCGUUCUGCAGCCAGGAAAAGAUGGCACCGAUGGCAGGACCACCAUUCCUUGCGAGUACGGGUUGCCCGGGCUAUGUCGAUCCCCACGUCUCCAACAAGGAUUAGCUUUCACAGUAUAAAACAGACUGCAGCUGUGUGAACAAGCCUAUGCCUUCACCAUCUGCUGCCUAUGGCGCUCUUUUCUCUCAUGUCCUUUCUACUCUGCUUUCUUCUUGCAAUCUGUUUUUCAUUUUGACCCUUUUCCCUUUGUUUUGAUCUGGACUCUUACCUGUUCUUGUGGAUACCUUCCAGUUUGGAUGUAAAGCUGCUUUUUGAGAAUGCUAACCAAAAAAAAAACCUGGGGGAAAGGUGGAAGGAGUAAAAUUACAGAAGACAGAAGUCAGCAAGAAGUUGUCCCAUGUUCCCAGGAUGUUGACCAUGUUGCCAGAAACAAUGAUGAGUUGGAAUGAAGACCUUUCUUUUUCAUUUCGCCUGUUCUGGUUGUGGAGACUGUUGGUUAGACUGUUGAUGUGCUUCUUUGGUCUUGCUUUGGUUUCAUGCGGCCAUCAUUCCAUUGGCAAAGUUUGUCUCCUGCUUGCGCACGUGUCCCUUUGCUCUUUGGUAUUUUUUGCUUCCCUACCCAACAUCCAAAGACAUCCUCCCAAACUCACUAUUGUGUUGUGGUAGUUCCCAAUCAUAACCAUUCCAUUGUUUGUGGAGAAUGAAAGGGUUGGAAAACCAUCUGUCAAACAUAAGUUACUGAUACCAUUGACUUUGACCUCGGGAGGACACCCACAGAUCGCCACAGAAGAUGUCCUUGGUCUGUCUGACCAUGUGAUAUGUCCCCCCUAGCCAAGCACUUCUCCGAUCCCAUGUCCUGCUCUCCACUGGCAACAGAUGGUCAACCAGGGAGAUGGAGAGCAGAGAGCCAUUUUGAAGCCCUACCUGUGAAUUCCUAUGCUUUGGUAGACCAUGCAGGACCUCAGCACGUGCCUUCACCUUGACACAAGAGCUGACUCUCCACAUUUGCAGGUUUAACUUUUGUAGAUCUGAUAAUUUGCAGAUUCAGUGUGUCCUCUCCAUAAUUUACUAGGUCCUCAAAUGCAAUUCUAUGGUCAACGUCCAUCAGAAGUUGACCACAAAGUCAUUCUAGAGUACUCAUGGGCAAACCUAGGCCCUCUGGGUGUUUUGGGCUUCAACUUCAACAACUGGCUGAUAGGAAUUGUGAGAGUUCAAGUCCAAAACACCUGGAGGGCCCAAGUUUGACCAUGCCUGCUCUAGAGAUUCCGGGAGGGAACACCUUUCUGGAAACUUCAAGGUCUUCUAGCAAAACACUUAAGUGUAACAUGCACCAAAAGUUGGCCAUACAAAUGCAUGGAGAGGUGCUGCAUUUUGUAUUCAUGGUUUUCCCACUUCUUGUGUCGGUUCUGUGCUCCUAACUCCAGGAAAUGUGGAGAGUUGUCCAUUCUCAAGCACAAAAUUUGAUCUGCAAUGGCAUUAGCACAAUAAUGUUCCCUGUUCUUAAUCAACAAAGGGUUUACUCUCAUUUCAUGAGAGUAAAGUACUUCACUGAGGUUUUCUGGUUGUCCAUAAGAGAUCUGUUGGCUCUUCAGAACAGAACCUUCAGGAAAGUAAUCACCUUUGGCUAGUGAUUCUCAACCUGUUGGUCCCCAGAUGUUUUGGCCUUCAAUCCGUGGUCUCCAUUGGAUGGCUGCGUGCCAGCAGGUUGAGGAUGAAUCCAGCAAAGACGGAGAUCCUAUGGCUGGGUCAACCAGGCAGUGGGGAUAUCCAGCUGCCUAC